UCCUCGAUGUUUCGUCUUUAGUUGAUCAUUCGCACGAAUAACCGUUAACUAAUUUAUUACCAGUAUUAAUCUGAACGAUUAAAACUUUUUGUCGAACCGUUCAUAUUUAACGAGAUAAUACUGUGUCAAAUAACAAUGGAUUUGAAGAGGAAAAGAAAGUCUGAAAACAUAAUUCAGAGUUUUUCCAAAAAACGAAAAGUGGCAGUACCUUCCAAGGAUUUGAAUAAUCGACGCAGACGUCAAGAUAAUAAAAAUGAAUUGAUCCAUAAGACCGUAAGUGAAGCAAAUACAAAAAAGCCAAGACAUCACUUAAAUAUAUUCAAAAAUGAACCAAAACCUUUACCGUAUAAUAAUGCCUUUGAGCUUUAUAAAAGUGAUCCGCCAAAAGAAAAACACUCGAUUAAAAACUUAGAUCAGUGGAACUGUAUAACAGGAUGGCGACACGUAGUGUAUGAGAAUGAAUAUGAAAAACGUGUAACGCAAUAUCAAAAGAAGAUGGAAAUAUUUUUAAAAUCUCUAUCUCCUGAAGAUUUAGAAUUAUAUUUUAAGUUGAAAAUACUCGAAAGUAAAACAAGCUAUGGUGCUGACAGUAAGCAUGACUCAAAAAAUGAUGAUAGUAGUUCAUCUGAAGAUGAAUGA